GAGCUGAUAUAAGUGCGCCAGGGAGCAAGGGGCGAAAGUUUGGGCAGAGGCUGCUCGGGGCUGACAGGCGGCGGCGGUACCACCAGCAGCAGCAGGACCCGGGUUCGAAUCCCACAGCGGCAAGGGUUGUGUGAAGAUUUGAAGCUAAUUCUGCACUGCCUUGCCCAGUCGCCAUAUACCAAGAAUGCAUUUGGAGAUCAAGGUGGCUUUAAAUUUCAUUAUCUCCUACCUGUAUAACAAAUUACCCCGGCGACGUGCAGACCUGUUUGGGGAGGAGCUGGAGCGGUUGCUAAAACAGAAAUACGAGGGCCAUUGGUACCCAGAAAAGCCGCUGAAAGGAUCUGGUUAUAGGUGUGUCCAUAUUGGAGAAACUGUGGACCCCAUCGUUGAGCAGGCCACGAGGAGGAGUGGGUUGGAUAUUGAAGAUAUUCGGGCUAAUGUUCCUCAAGAGUUGAGCCUCUGGAUUGAUCCUUUUGAGGUGUCCUAUCAGAUUGGUGAGAAAGGAGCUGUGAAGGUCCUCUACAUGGAUGACAAUGAGAAUAGUGCAGAAUUGGACAAGGAGAUAAAGAGCAGCUUUAACCCAGAGGCCCAGGUUUUCACUCCCAUCACUGACCAGGGCAACUCCUUGUCCAAUUCCCCUUCUCCAUCUUUUGGGAAUUCUGUAAGCCCCACCUUCAUCCCAAGGUCAACUCAGCCAAUCACAUUCACGACUGCAGCCUUUGCUGCCACCAAAUUUGGGUCCACCAAGAUGAAAACUGGAGGCCGGAGAAUGGCUCGUUCUCCCACCAAUGGUUUGAUGAAGCAGAAGGGGUUGUCCACAUCGAUGCACUCACUGGUCCUUGGAAACAACCAGAUGCCACCAUCCUCCCUUUCUCCAAAUGCCAAGGAAUUUGUCUACCCUGGUUCACUGAGUUUGUACUUCGGGAAUGAAAACCAGUCAUCCUCUGGCCCAGCUCCAUUCCCUAAUGCCUUUGAGGUGCCACCAAUCUACAAUAAUAACAACUUGGGAGAGAAGACCCCAUUUGUCGAAGGACUUGACUUCAACUUGAACACCAUGCAGUAUCCUAACCAGCCAUUUCAGCCAGUUGUCUUGGCUAACUAAAAUAUGUAGUGAAGAAUCCUUUCUAUACAUAGAACACAAAGAAGGCCAACACUAAGAUUAAUUAAAGUUGAAGAGCACUUCGGGAACAGUUUAACAUUUAACCUCUAAACCCCACUUGCAGUCUCAAACAGUGUUCACCAUCUCCCAAGUUGUCAAAUUUUUUUGAAAUAUGUCCAUCACAUUCAUGCAAUCCAUAGGGAAGUUGUAGGUUUGAGUUAUAGUGAGUUUUCCUAUCUCAUUCUAUAUUCCACUCCCCCAAAGGUGGGAGGGGGGAACAGGGCACCAAAGUCCAUCUUAAAAGAAAAGUGGAUGACUGAAAUAUUGGAAUACUCCAAAAUUGAGUAAAAUAAAAAUCACUAUUUGUAACUGGCAGUCUUAUCCGUUUCUCACAGCAGUUAGAUAUGGGGCAUUACCUCACAUCUGUGCCAGUAUUUCUGUGUUUGAUUUUUGCACUGUAGUAGCAGCUGUAUCACAGUUGCUAGGAGAACACAUUAUUUCCCUUUUUUCAAAUUAUUGCUAUAGUGCUACAGGAUGGGAAGCCAUGACCGACAAUUUAAGUUUGGCAGGUUCACAGUGAAGCAGAAUUCUGCUAAUAUAGCAUUUUAAUGCGAUUAGUGUAUGUCUUAACUGGUUGUCCACGGAGUCUUGACAUUCUUCCUGUUUGCCCUCACUCCCCCCUCCUUCCUUUUAAAACUCCAAGUGUUGUCAAAAAGAACACCUCGCUCUGAACUGCAGCAGAACCUGUCAUCUUGGUGUUAAAGGGCUUUGAAGUUCUUCGUUCAUGCUAAUCUCAUUUUGGAUAACUACUGUACUAUGGCAACUAGCAAAAAAAAAAUCUUGUGAAGCUGUGGCAUGUACUGUGGAUCCUGCUAUUUGGACAAAAUACUACACUGCAUUGUGCUAGCUGGUUUAAAGUUUUACAUUGAAGAUCUACAGUACCUUGCAUCUCACCGAGAACCACCUACUCUUCAGAUUAUGCUGCAGGUUUGGUGAAGUGAGCACUCCACAAUUGUGCCAGAAGUAGCUGUUUUCAGAGAUUUUUUUAACGGGGUGUUUGUUUGCAUCCUAGAUAUUGGUGAGCCUUUUGGAGUACUCUAGUUUUAAAACUCAUUUCUUUCAUUUUCCAGUUGGGCUAUUUGAGCUCUGCUGUCUGUUCCUCUUCUUACUGUGUGAAGAGAAUGAUGCUCCACUUGGUCUAAGGAUCAGUCAACACCCCCCUCCAAACAAAGUCAAAUGUUUGGCUGGUGGGAGGGAAAGUACCAAACCUCAGGAAGAAUUUCUGUUGUGGAUGCCACAAGACAUUCACCUCAACUGUGAGAUACGACAAAGGAGAAGAGAUCAAAGACUGCACUGGAUUUGAGUAACUGGAGUCAGGGAGUGUGUUUUGUGAUACUUGUCUGUAGCUGGUCAGGAAUUGAGUGCAUAAGUCAUGUUAUCUGUUGAAAAGCUCUGCUUCACAACUGGUUCCUGCUGUGUUCAGCUGUCUACAUGUACCAGGUUCACACCAUAUGUCCAUGUCCAAUGUAUGAGUGGGAUCUAAUCCUAGAAAGGAAUGAGUGUGACCAAAUUAGAGUUGAGUUGUAUUGUAUCUUCAACUAUCCUCCCUCUCCAGUUGACAGCACCUUUUUUUAAUAAAUGUUAUGUUCUGUACGUUGGGUAUUGAGGAGCUGCACUACUGGACCAUUCCUGUUUUCCCACUUCAGUUCUUUUCAAAUCCAGCAUUGACUUAAGUUGUAACGUUCCCAUUCUUUGCAGUUUAAAUGACAAUCCAAGGGACCCCUCUUUCCUUAGCCUAUAAGGAAUAGUGGCAUAUGUCUGCGGUCACUGUUUUGCAUAUGGUCUGAAUCUAAUGUUCCAAUUGAAAAGUGAGAUCUGGAAAUGAGCUUGCAGUCCUUGUUGCAAACCUUACAGGUGAAAGUCCUUCAAUCAUCUGUGCAACUCCCAAGAACCUGACCCUCUUUGGAAAGUUUGUUCUGAAUUUACAAAUAACAGCACUUCAACUGCCUGUUGAGAUGGCUUGCUACAGUCUAGAUUUUGCAAACCCCUCCGCAUCAUUCAACUAGGUCCCAGCUAAUCCUGUAACUGGAGUGUCAUGUGGGGUGGGUGGGAAAUCUGGGGGACUGGCCACAUCUGUUAGUUUAGUAGUGAACAUUGAGAGGAAACGCCAGAGGCCUCUGAAACUGAAUAUGCUGUAUACAGCAUUCUAUCCAGAACCCUCUGUUUCUGUAUUGUAAUGCCAUGCUUGUUCAGUCACUGUUAAAACAUUACCACAUAUGCAGCAGUGUUUACUACCUUGUAAUUUACAGCAACAAAAAAAAACUCAAGUUCAAAAGUUGUCCUUGAAACAUUAGCAAUAUUUAAAUUGUCCAGGGUGAGCAGCUUGGUUCAUCAGUCCCAGAAAUGAGCAGCGAUGAUUUCAAUUUGCUAAAUAUUUUAUCUCAAUGCUUUGGAGCAUUGCUGAUUACAUUUUUUGCUGCAGUUAUAAUUAAAAGGUUUGUUACAGCAAUUAAUUAGUUCAUCCACACGGAGAAGAAUUAACUGGGUUUUGGCAUAACAGCAAAUAUUUGUAAAUGUAAUAUGGAUCUUAGCAAGGGGAUCUUGUACUGUUUACAGCCAGUGAGAUACUGAGCAUAUUCUGAACCUCAAAAUAGCUCUUGACUGCUUGCUGUAACCCCUCCUAAUCAAGUGACUAAACUCCUAAGCAGCUGAUUUCAAACAAAAGGAUUCACUUAAAUUUGAUAACAUGUCUAGAACAGCUGCAGUAAAUUGUUUCACAGAGGGUAUUGGGUGGGUGAAGGUCUGAGUUCGACUUCAAAUUUGCAAGCUAGUUUUUCACACUGCAUUCUGACAUGUUGCUGAUGCAGGGGAGUUGGGAGUGAGACUCCUGGGCCUGAGCCAGGUUCGAUCAGUUUGCUGUUCUUUUAAUCACUUAUUACAAACUACUCCUCUGGCAAAGGAAGCAAUCUGCUCGGAGACCUUUUUUUCCAGUAUUGUUCUGCUAGAGGCUAUUAGAGAUAAUAGAAAUGUCUUCUCUGAUUUAUUUCCCCUUCUUCCCCCUGUGGGAGUUGUGCAGGUUUUUAUAUCUCGCAACCAAACAGUGUUGCUGAAAUGGGAGGAACAGUUGGGUCCAAUAUUAAUUUCUUUGCCAGAGGCUGUAACCUAUACCAGUGUAUUACAUUUCAGGCAGGGUCUCAACAUUUUUGGGAUAAGCGAUAAGAAAUGUUAGGAAACUACCUGUCAUUGUCUGAAACAAGAGCAGAUAACCCUUGGACUCCUAGCUCUUUGCUUAUGACUCAUUUGCAGAUGUAUUCUAGAGUCUAGUCCAUGUGUCCCUGGGGUUACUUGCAUUUGAGAUUCCCUACUAUUCCAGUCUGUUGCUGGUCUGGUGGAGAUCGCCAGCUUUUGGCCCUCUCCUGGGCCUAUGGUACAGUUUGUUGCUGUGUUGAUCUGCUCCCACACUAAUGCUGUACCCAUGACCUGACUUAGUGAGGGUUCCAGCCCCGUCCUGUGGGACAACUAUAGGCAAGCAAGCCAACCUUCAUUAUAUAAUGGUCUUAGCAUUAAUGUGACUGGAAUAUUGAAUUGCUGAACUAUCAAUGGUUCUGCUGCUUUAACCUGGCUUGUGUACUGUAGUGUGGAAUCCUUUCCCGAAACACUGAACUGAAAGAAGUGACUUUUAUUAAGAAAAACACUCAAUGGGUACUGCAAAGAAACAUGAAAGGUCAGACUAUCCUUUUUUUUCAGUCUUUAUGCUCUUGAAUUGUAUUGACAGUCCUAAAUUUAUUGAGCCUCUUACAUGCACUUAAUGAACAAGAAUAGGCCCAUUGAUGGAAAAAAGGAUAAAGAAUGGAUCAGCAAGUUAAAUACGGUCUAAUCCAUUUGAUUACUAUCCCAACAAUUCCAUAAGAAGUGAUGUAUCCUGAGCUUAGCAAUUGCAGUUAAAUGCACCUAUACGGAGACUGAACUCUCACUGCUGUAGUAACUUUACCUAUAAUUAUCCUGACUGUAAGAUGCAGCAUUAAUGGACCUUUUAAGCUAAUAUGGUAGUACUGAGCCUGUCAUUAGUUGCCGGUAUUUCUUCUCCCCACUUCGAUCCUCUAUUCCAACAUGAGCAGCAUUAAUAGUUAACAAACCUAGACUGGUGAAUUUGCAAAUUACAGAAGUUAGAAAUGGAGUUGGUAGCCACUGAUCAUCUCAUCUUCCACUCCUUUCCUCCCCAUACCACCACCACCCAUCCAUCCACCCACCCACCCUCCCCAGCAAGACCAAAGUGGCUUGCUGGCCUCAUCAGUCUGCACUGUUGGAGUGCAAUAUGUGAGCAGCAGUGCUACCACUACCUAAUCUUGUAGCGGCGAUUUAGCAAUUGUGUAAGCUUAUACAAGAGGGUUGCAUUUAAACAUUGAUCUGGUCAUUGGUUUCUGCAUUUUUAAGCACGAUUGUAUUGGUAUCUUUAAUGGAGUACAGUUCUCUUUUUAAAGAAAACACUUGCAGGUGAAUGGUGCACUCUUUUCGGGGCAGGGGAAGGUUUGGAGAAGCUAUGGUGAUUGGUAAAGAAAAGGACUAUUGCAAAUAUUGCUGUCCAAUUCUAGGAACACUAUAUACUUGGCUUUCUAAAUCAAAACAAUCCUGACAAUGUCUGUUCAUGAUCAAUGUCCAAUGAACAUUCCGAUUCCUCCAGUGUUCCUCCAUGCUCCUGUCAUAUGGGUGGAUACCCAAGUAAACAGGAGGAUGGCUGGCAAAGGACAGUUGAGAAGUGAAAGGUGAUCUGCCUCAUGAAUUCACUGUUCGUUGUGUAGAAAGAGGCAGUCCUAAUUUAAGGGCAAGGGGUUUCUAUUGGGUUAAGAUGACAACGCAAGACACCUUGCUUCACCAUCUCCGAGGCGGCAGGUUUAACGUAAACUUGAGGUUUUCUGACCUUGCAGCUUCAGAGGGCAAUCAGCACUCCAGCUUCUGAUCACCUCGCUCUCUUUUUUUAACCCCCCCCCCCCUCGACAUUUUUGCAGUUUUCAAAUGUGAUAAUCCCACUUUUUUUGGAAUGUGUAUCUUUGAUUUCAUGACUUGAGAGCAAUGAAAAUUCAUUGACGAAUGCUAUUGCUACUCAAGUCUUUGACUCGUGGCUAUGAUGGUGAGUUUGAAAUCACUUGGAGCUAGUGAAGCUGCGUGCUACACCAGUUAUGAUGUCUACUGAGUUUUCUGCCUUGAAAAAGAAUAAAAUGGUCAAGGGAGGGAGAUGUGUGGAAACUUUCGGAGAUGCAUAAUAGCCUAAUUUCUAAGUAACUACAUAGCAUCCCUAUUUCAAGAGGUUUAUGGGGGGAGGAUGAGAAACUGAAAUCUUUGACUUUUAACCCUUCCUUCCACUCCUCCCUAAGUGUUCUUCAUUGACAAUGAUGUAUUAUACAGAUGUUAGCUUUCUUUACUUGAACAUUAAAAACAUUGUUUGGUUUUAUUUUAUUUUUUAAUGGAUUUGGCACUAACUGAUCGAAAUCUUAAGUUUCUUUUUCCUUUUGGUUUCCUUUUGCUUGAAUGAUUUAAGAUGUUUGUAAAGGUUAAGAGUAUAUAUUUCUAAUGUACAUUGUAAUUUCAUUUCAGAUUUCAUAUGCAACAAAUUAUUUUUUCAAAAAAAAUUGAAAACCAAGAGAUAUUGACAUUGUAUGCUUCAGAAAAAGACAUAACGAUGGCAGGAUUUUUUCAAAUUAUGUACAUUUUACUUUCUUGAAAGGAAUGGUUAUUUUCUGUUAAGGAAAGCGGAUGCAAAUAAUUCCUUUAUUGUAGACUGAAUAAUAUCCCAAUUUUCUACUUUGGAACAUUGUGCAAUACUUGCUUGAUGCUAAAAUGUUUUUUGCAGAUUUGUUGUAGGUGAGGUCAGAGCUGUAUAGUUUAUAAUGUUCCGGAUCUUUUUUAAGUUUGUAUUAAAAGCAUGAAAAUUGGA